AUGUCGACUCAACUUAUUUCCGGUGGUGAAGAUGGGAGCCACUCCCAACUGAUGGAUUUGGUUCUAACGAAUUGCAGCCGACCUCAAAGCCGCGCCUCCGACAAUAAACAAUCCACAGAUGGUGUUGUACGUCUCACAUCAUAUGUGGAUUUACCCAAUCGUGACACGCUUCUGCCACCAAUUGCAGAACCCAAAGGUGGUGUACCCGAAACUUCAGAGACACUUUUCCCUCGCCGUCUUGGAUUUGAUAUGAUUGGCGUCAGCAGCGUUUCGGAGGAGAUGUUACGCGACCUUUACGAAGUGUUUGAUGUGCAUCAAAGCGGUGGUGUUGAGCGCGGUGUUUUGCGGGAGAUGAUGCGCAGCGGCUUUUCACAUUUUGGUGCGCCAUGCAGUGAUCGGGAUCUCGAUCGCUUUUUUGAGAAUGUGACGCCGUUUCGUGUCCGCCGCCGCCGCACUCCAAAGGAAGGAGAGGUGGAUGUUGUGCCUUUUAAUGAAUUCUGCGUGGCUUUUCUUUCGUGGCUGCGUCGGUAA